CUUAAGUCGUAAGACUAGCACUUGCACAAACAAGUCUAGCAUCUUAAUCUUCUAUAGCUAGCUCAUAAAACAGUGAGAUAUAGAAGAAGAAGAAUGAAGGGGAUGCAUGAUCUGUUUGUAAGAGGGAAGCCAUAUUUGGCAGUGAUAUUCUUGCAGUUUGGUUUGGCAGGAAUGGACAUCAUCUCCAAGGUUGCUUUGAAUGAAGGGAUGAGCAACUAUGUCUUUGUUGUUUAUAGACAUGCUGUUGCCACCUUGGUCAUUGCCCCUUUUGCCUUCAUUCUUGACAAGAAACAGAGGCCGAAAAUGACGCUCCCAAUUUUUGCCAAGCUUGCAGUUCUUAGCAUAUUAGAGCCUGUAAUAGACCAGAAUAUGUACUUCAUAGGGAUGAAAUAUACAACAGCAACUUUUGCAGCUUCAAUGAGCAACAUCUUACCUGCCCUAACCUUUGUCAUGGCAUGCAUUUUCAGACUUGAGAAGGUGAGGGUGAAGAGCAUCCCGAGCCAGGCGAAGAUCAUCGGGACGGUGGCGACGGUGGGGGGAGCGAUGAUGAUGACGCUGCUGAAAGGCCCAAUGGUCCAUCUUUUUUGGGCCAAAUCUAACGCCCAUCAGCACCCAACUGGUGCCAUUGAUUUAGCCCAUUCUAUCCGAGGCGCCCUCAUGAUCUCCUUCGGCUGCUUGAGUUGGGCUUCUUUCAUGAUCCUACAAGCAAUCACAUUGAGAACAUAUCCCACAGAGCUAUCAAUGACUGCAUGGAUAUGCCUUUUGGGAACUGGUGAAGGAGCCAUUGUGGCACUUGUCAUGGAGAGGGGCAACCCUUCUGUUUGGUCCAUCAAUUGGGACACCAAAUUUCUUGCUGCCCUUUAUAGUGGAGUGUUUUGUUCAGGACUGGCAUAUUACAUACAAGGGGUGAUAAUGAAAGAUAGAGGGCCUGUUUUUGUCACUGCUUUCAACCCAUUGAGUAUGGUUAUUGUAGCUGUUAUGAGCUCCAUCAUUCUAAAAGAACAAAUGUUCCUUGGAAGGGUUCUUGGAGCUGCAGUGAUUGUGGUAGGGCUUUAUAUGGUCCUUUGGGGGAAAAGCAAAGAUCACAAGUCAAUAUCUACCAAUGAAGAAUCACUACCAACCCUACAAAUGGUGAAAGGUGGAGCAACAACUGCAAAUGGAGAGAAGGACACUGCCCCUCUUGAAGUCCUCACUAUCUACCCUUCAUCUAAAGAACCCAUGGAGAACAAAAUUGUAGGAUAGAAUUGACAUUAUUAUUAUUAUUAUUAUUAUUAUUACUAUUAUUAUUAUUAUUAUUAUUAUUCUUAAAGCCUACCUUAAUCUCUAUAUGAGCAAAACCACCAUCCAUGUUGUGCUUGCGAGGGAAGAUGCAAUCAAUUGUAAGAAAUUUUGACAUGUUGAUCUAGAUGAACUAUAUUAUCUCCAAAAUAAAUUGUACUUUUUUCUUUGUGAGGGGCUUUAUGGUUAAUCUUUUUUUGCUGGGG